AUGUUACUUAAUAAACCUGUAAAAGGUUUUCUUUUAGAUAUUACAGGUGUAUUAUAUAAUACAUCAAAUAAUGGUGGUGUUGCUAUAGAAGGUUCAAUUGAAGCAGUACAAAGACUUUAUAAAGAAAGUAAAGUUGUUUUUAUAAGUAAUGAAUCAUCAAAUACCCGACAACACCUAUUUGAUAAAUUAACAAAACUUGGUUUUCAAUUAAAUAAAAAUGAUAUUUAUACACCAAUUCCUGUUGCAAUUGAUAUAAUGAAAAAAAAUCAUUUAAGACCAUAUUUAUUGGUACAUAAAGAUUGUUUAGAUGAUUUUAAUGAUCUUGAUACAACAAAUCCUAAUUGUGUUCUAAUGGGUGAUGCUGAGAAUGAUUUUACAUUUAAAAAAAUGAAUGAAGCAUUUAAAAUUUUAUUAAAUAACAAAAAUAGUAAAUUAUUUACAAUGGGAAAUGGAAAAUUUUAUCAAAGAGAAGAUGGACCAUGUUUAGAUGUUGGGGCUUUUGGGGCAGCAUUAAAAUAUUCAACAAAUUGUGAACAUGAAGUAAUUGGUAAACCAAAUGAGUCAUACUUUAUGGCGGCUGUUGAUAAAUUGAAAUUAAAAAAGGAGGAAGUUGUUAUGAUAGGAGAUGACAUUGUAUCUGAUGUAGGGGGUGCCCAAAAAAUUGGUAUUAGAGGGUUAUCUGUUCGUACUGGUAAAUGGAGACCAGAAUGGGAAAAUCAUCCUGAUGUAAGACCUGAUUUUAUAGGAAAUAAUCUUAAAGAAAUAGUUGAUAUAAUUCUUGAUUACAAUCAUAAAUGUUAA